AUGGUAUCCUUCGACGUUGUCUCACUUUUCACGUCCAUCCCACCAGACUUGGCGCGCGACGUGCUACGCAAACGCCUCGAAGAAAAGUACGACGAAAAAACAGAGCCGCUAAACAUCCAGCACCUAAUGCAGCUCUUUGCAUUCUGCCAACGAACCUUUUCCGCCUUCGAUGGCAGAACCUACGAACAAAUCAAAGGAACACCCAUGGGUUCCCCAAUAUCCAGCCUUGUUGCGGGAUUGGUCUUACAAGAGCUGGGAAAGGUUGCUUUCAGUCACUACAAACCGGCGUUUUGGCCUCGAUACAUGGACGAUACAUUCGUCAUUAUUGAAAAGGACAAGCUAUCUGGUUUUCAAGACUUACUUAACAGCAUAUUCCCCGACAUUCAGUUUACAAGAGAAGAUGAGGAGGACGAGAAACUAUCCUUCCUUGACGUUCUCGUCACGCGCGAACCUGACGGUGAACUCAGCCCUACAGUGUACAGAAAGGCGACAAAUACAACCCAGGUCCUUAACUAUCAUAGCAACCACCCAUUUGUGCACAAAUGA